GAAUAGAUUGUUUAGAAACACUUACACGUUUACCCAAAUAAUGUUCUAUAAGACCACGCAUACGUAUAGAGUGUUGGAGAUUCGUUUUGUAUUUAAAUGUAAUAAUACAAGGAAGGAAAAAAAAGGGAUCGUUUACGUCCCUAAAUAAACCUUGAGGGCGGGAGUAGUGCGCGCGCCUCCGAGAUCCAUUACGGUAGUUGUACUGGGUGACGUUGCACUACGUUACCCAUCCUGACUUGCGCGGAAUCCUUAUCAAAUCUGAUCUUAUUUAUUUAUUUUGUUUCGCUUAAAUCUCUUUCACUCUAGCGCACUGCAGUGUGUGUGUGUGUGUGUGUGUGUGUAUGAGUGUGUGAGAGAAAGGGAAUGGCUACCACGAGGAAACGCGCAGCAGACAGCAACUGUAACUCAGGCAACAAAUGCCAGAGGUUAGAGGACAAGAAACACAUCGCUGCUGUGAUCCUGGCCCGAGGAGGAAGUAAAGGGAUCCCCCUGAAGAACAUCAAGCUCUUGGCUGGAGUUCCGCUGAUCGGCUGGGUGAUACGAGCUGCUAUAGACUCCGAGACAUUUGACAGUAUAUGGGUGUCCACCGACCAUGAUGAGAUCGAGAGAGUGGCUAGAAACUGGGGGGCUCAGGUACACAGACGGAGUACAGAAGUGUCCAAGGACACCUCGACAUCACUGGAAACACUACAAGAGUUUUCCAGACUCAACCCAGAAGUGGAUAUCAUCUGUAACAUCCAGGCCACAUCACCAUGCCUUCACCCUUACCACCUGAAACAGGCUGUGGAGAUGAUGACCAAGCAAGGCUAUGAAUCAGUCUUCUCAGUCGUCCGCCGACACCACUUCCGCUGGCAAGAGAUAAAAAAAGGAGAGGCCACAUGCACUAGAGCUCUGAACCUGAACCCAUGCAGCAGACCCCGUCGUCAAGACUGGGAUGGAGAACUCUGUGAAAAUGGAUCCUUCUACUUUUGUACCAAAGAUCUUGUAAACCAAGGACUCCUGCAGGGAGGGAAAGUUGCCUACUUCGAGAUGCAGCCAGAGUAUAGCGUUGAUAUCGACGUUGACAUCGACUGGCCCGUAGCAGAACAGAGGGUGCUCAGGUUUGGUUACUUUGGCAAGGAUGAUCCGGAGAUGGUGCGCUUGCUCCUGUGCAACGUGUCAGGCUGCCUGACCGAUGGCCAAUUCUAUCUAUCAGCAGCUGGAGAGGAGAUGCAUUCCAUCAAUACCAGAGACCUGACUGGCAUCCGCAUGCUACGGGAAGAAGGAAUGGAGGUGAUCCUCAUAUCAUCCAGUGACAACCCAGUUCCUGAUGUGUUUGCAAAGCAGCUGACACAGAAAACAGGUUGUGAAGUGAGGCAUCUGAAAGAGGAAAAGCAAGUAGAACUGGAGAAACUGCUGAAAGAGAAAGAGCUUGUGUGGAAAGAGGUGGCCUACAUAGGUAACGAUGUGCCAGAUGUGGACUGCUUGAACCUGGCUGGUCUUAGCGCAGUGCCCUUGGACGUCCCCAUGGUGGUUCUGAAUGCGGCUAAAUACCCGUGCCAGAGAGCAGCAGGACGCGGAGCUCUUCGGGAGUUCAUCGAGCACAUUCUCCUGAUGAAGAAGGGGGCCAAGUAUCAGAAAGAGAAAGAUCACUAGGAAAUAGAUUAUGAUCUAAAGAGAUGGUUUUAAUUUAAGGAAUGUUUUUAAGCAAAAUCACCGUCAGGGUUCAGCUCUGACAUGGGACUUUGGGGACUAUGAUUCAGACUUGAAUUAUACAUAUUCAUAAUAGGAAAAUGAAAUGAAUGUAAAAUUCUGAAAAUGUAGCUUCGUGUUAGAAUGAAGUUAAUAAGUUAAGACUUUGGUGCUGAUGAAGUAUAUUUUUUUUUCAAUGAUUACACUGAUUAAACAAUCACAAAACCUUUCCAGUGCCUGCACUAGAGGGCAAUCUUAGCAUAUAAAAUCACUUCAUAAGCUGGAUUUGAACCCGUGAUCAUGCUUGUUUAGGCAUGAACUGCUGAAUAUAGUGCAUACUUUUAUCAUAA